AUGCGAGACAAGGAAACGGGGAAUAGUCGAGGAAUGGCCCUUGUCGUGGUUGACGCGGACAAGUGCGACAAGGCCAUAGCCGAUAACAACGGAGCGGACUUCCAGGGCAGGACGUUGAGAGUGGCCAUGUCCACAACCCCCAUGCCCACACUCAAGGAGGGACCUCCUGCCUCCGAUCCCGCCGGAGCAACUGCCGCUGCCGCUCCUACUUCUGGCCCCGCCUCUACUGCUUCAAGCGCCCCGGCAAGCCCUGCUUCUCCCGCGAAAGCUGCUCCUGCCACGGACGCGCCAUCAGGAGCACCAGCCUCAGCAGCCCAAACACCAGUAGCAUCCGGGAAUGCUGUCAACAACAACAAGCCAGCCUUCCCAGGAAAGCCGCAACCGCAAAAGGCAGCACCACCCCGCGGGGUGUGGGCUCCGAUGGUCGAUUUGGACGGCGGCUGGGAAGAGCUGCCAGCGACACGUCCCUUGGUGGAUGUAUCGCAGGCAUGUGCCCGGUGCCGGUGUACUGGUUACUUGGCAGGACUGGGGUUGUGCCGGUUUGACGUGAUUGAGGCUGCGCUAAGGCUAGUGGCUGCUAGUGGCUUCGUAGGGUUUCCCGUUUGCAAAGGCAUGCGUUCGGAGUUGUGUCGGUGCAUAUGUAAGCUGUGUCGCGUGGACAACUAG